AAUUUGGUGUUGAAUAUAAAUGAAAAAUGCAGCCUAUAGCGUACCUGUGCUUCACUUUACUAUCUAUACUUAUCCAAUUUUCUCUUUUGGAUUUUAUAACUACAAAUGAUGAAGAUGAUAUUUCCCUUGAUAAUUUAAAAUUAGCCUAUAAAAAAAAUGAGGAAAUAUUUGACAAAAUAAAGCAAACUCCACAUGCACUUUAUUAUCAAACUGAUAAAAUUAGAUUGCAAGAAAAAUCCAAUUUAAUUUUUCCCUUCAAAUAUAGUAAUGUUACUCUUACUGAGCCUUCAUUUCUGAGCUCAACAGAAAUUGGUACCACAGUAUUUGAUUUGCUCUAUGAUGAUAAUGUUUCGUCAAUAGACGAUCACUUCACAAGUGAAACUCCUGUUUCUUCAACUGAAUUUGAUAAUGUUACUGAAAUUACUUUGUUUGAUAAGAAAACCUCUACGGCAAAACCAGCUGAAGUACCAAAGAAAAGUAUGAAGACUAACAAGUGUGACUGUAACUUAUUGCAUGAUGUGUGUGAUGUAGGCUGUUGUUGUGAUGAUGACUGCACAAAAAAAGAGAAAGUAGUAUUUGAGAAUUGUAAUAACAGAAAUAUAGAAAGAUGCGUUCAUUGCGAUAAAUAUCAGACUUACAUGUGUAAAGAUGAAGAAACAAGUGGCUUAUAUCAAAGUCUAUUUUGUAUUGACAAAAUAAAUUUGCCCGAAAAAGCCACAAAAAAUAAAAAUGUGGUUUAUUCAACAGAUACAGGAAAUUUUUACACGUGGCCCAAAAAAGAUAAAAACAUAGAGAUGCCUACUUUUUCAAAGCAAUUGUAUGUGGCUGGACAAAUGAUCUGGACCAUAACAAAUAAAAAGUUGAAUAUUUUAGAAAUUCCUAUAAUGCAAUGUAAUAACUAUUGUGGUGGCACCAAAGCAAUAAAAUUUUUGAGAAAUGAGGAAAUUAAAUGCUUAGUAAAAUUACAAGAUCUCCAUAUGUUGAAUGUCAUCAAAAGCUCAGAGGAUACCAAUAUUAUCAGUCCUACAGUUACAGCAAUUAACAGCACGGUUCUGAACUGUAGUUCAUUUGAAUGUGUUAAAUGGACACUUUUAAUUUGUGAUGACAGCGACUGCUUACCAUAUAAUAAGAGUUUGCAUGAACCAACAUGUUCGGAAAGUUACUGCACCAAUAUUGCUGUUAAAGUGGAUUAUUUAUUUUAUUGCAACGAGUCCGUAAUAACGAAAGCAGUGAUCAAAUUACAUGUUACUCGAGUAUCAAUGAGUCAGCAAGUGGUGAAUCAAGAGAUAAAAAUUAACUUCUACAUGACCAACGACUCUAUAGAUAAUGUGGUUCAAUUAAGUGGUAACAUUGGCUACAUAAAAGGGUUGCCCAUAAUAGCUUCAUAUUCAAUAAACAACCAUACAAAAGAUUUCUUUAACAAUACAGUUCCAAAGAAAAGAGACAUUACAGUUCCUAUUAAUAGAAAUGGUGUUUGUUUACUGACAAACAUAACUAAAAAUAUAUUAAUAUUCGGACAAAAUAAAAGACUGAAAUGCAGACUAUUUUUGAAACGAAGCACGAAAAUAUUUAAUGGAACUGAUGAAUGUCUCAGAAUCCAGCAUCAAAUAAAUACAUUUUUAGGAGCAAGUAAAAAGUUUUUUAUCUCACCUUAUGGCAAUCCUCAUGGAAUCGGUGAUGAGAAGUGGCUCGGUAUGGAUGUUCUUAAUAACGACGUCAUUUAUGGCGAGUACCGAGCAAAAAGUUCAAAGUUGCUUUGUUUCAAUAUAGUGAAGAGCAUUUCUUUUGUGUUUGCAUUUGCUGAUACAGGACAAACAAAGCAAGAAAACCAAAUUUUAAAUGCUAGAAUAGAAGGUAGUGCUGAGAAUGUGACAUUUGAUGUAGAAGACUUAUCAUUGGUUUUAAGCAUAGACACCUACUUCGUUGAUGUAAGUGUACCACCAAUGGCGGAUUUUCCAGAAGCUUCCCAUUUAAACAUUCGUUUUCCAAAGGACUUAAUAAAUUUUCCUUCAAAUAAGAGCAAUUACUUUCAAAGCUAUUACUUUUUAAUAUGUAUGAAUUUCAUGUUAUGUUUAAUCAAAUAAAAUAACUUUCAUUUUAUAACUAAUAA